AUGGAGAAAAGCUGGCUUCUGGCAUUUCUCCUUCAAACAAUCGCUACAGAAGCUGCAUUUAGUGUGGGUGGUGGUGUAGGUGCAGGUGUAGGUGUGGGUGGUGUUAUUGGCAGUCUAGGUGGUGGGGGUGGUGGUGUCUGGAUUGGUGGAGGAACCAACAGCCCAACCACCCCUUUUGGGUCUUCAAUAUCAAAUCUCAACAUGGCUUACACUGCUCUCCAAGCAUGGAAAUCUGUAAUUACAGAUGACCCAUUGGGGAUUUUAAACACUUGGGUUGGCUCAAAUGUGUGUUCUUACAAAGGGGUCUUUUGUUCAGAACCUCGAGAUGCAAUGGUUGGCACAACAAGUUUAGUUGUUGCAGCCAUAGAUCUCAACCAUGCAAAUCUUCAAGGUACUCUUGUCAACGAACUCUCUCUCCUCACAGACGUGUCUCUCAUCCACCUCAACAGCAAUAGGUUCACUGGUACUAUUCCUGAAUCUUUCAAUGAACUCACCUCACUGACUGAAUUAGACCUCAGUAACAACCACUUUUCUGGGUCCUUUCCUACUACAACUCUGCUUAUUCCCAACCUCCUCUACUUAGACCUCAGAUUCAACUUUUUCUCGGGACCCAUUCCUGAAGGUCUCUUCAACAAAAAACUUGAUGCAAUCUUUCUCAACAACAACAAUUUUGAUGGGCAACUUCCUCAAAAUAUGGGGAAUUCCCCAGCUUCUGUGAUAAAUUUGGCUAACAACAAGUUCAGUGGUGACAUUCCCUUUAGUUUUGGGUACAUGAGUCCAAGAUUAAAGGAGAUUUUAUUCCUCAACAACCAGUUGACUGGUUGCAUUCCUGAUGGGGUUGGUUUGUGGACAGAUUUGCAAGUGUUUGAUGUGAGCUUCAAUUCACUGAUGGGUCGUUUGCCAGAUUCUGUGUCAUGUUUGAAUGAGAUUGAAGUUCUUAACUUGGCACACAACAAUCUCUCUGGGGUUUUGCCAGAUUUGAUUUGUUCAUUGAGAAGCCUUGAAAACUUGACUGUUGCUUACAAUUUCUUUUCUGGGUUCAGCCAAGAAUGUGCCAAGCUGUUCUUUAGAAAUGUGGGUUUUGAUUUCUCUUUGAAUUGUAUUCCAGGUAGGGAGAUGCAAAGGCCUCAACCAGAGUGCUCUGCUGUACCUGGUGGUAGCCUGAGUUGUCUUAGAAUUCCGUCACCAAAGCCUCUAGUUUGUGGGGCAUUAUUGAAAACCCAAGAGAGUAGUUCAUCCCCAUCUCCUCCAUGA